UUCCACACUUUUCCACAUUCGUUUUUAUUUUUAAUUUUGUAUUAUUUAUUAGUCUUUUGGGUAGUGGAAUUAGGUCUACAGUAUUCAAUUCUAUCCAUAACGCCCCAUGAACGCCCCUAACCAUAUGAAGAAUUUCAUUUGUUAACACGAAAUAGGUUAUGUUGUAAAAUAUUAGUUGAAUAGUGAAUUUAUUAAAUUAGGUACAUAUUCAUACCGUCUUGAAUUUUGGUGGCAUAAUUAUUACACAAAAAUGGCUACAAUUUCAUCAAAAGAAAAUCCUCAAUUACAACAAAUUGAUUUAACUAAAUUAAAUCUACAACAAUUGACACAAUUAAAACAACAACUGGAUCAGGAAUUAACUAUGUUUCAAGAAUCAUUACAAACACUAAAAAUGGCACAAUCAAAAUUUCAAGAUUCUGGUGAAAGCUUAGAAAAAAUUGUGCCCGAAUUAGAAGGCAAACCAAUUUUGGUUCCGUUAACGGGCUCCAUGUACGUACCUGGUGUUAUAGCGGAUGCAAAUAAAGCAAUAGUGGAUAUUGGAACUGGAUACUAUGCACAAAAGGAUAUUGAAGGUGCUAAAGAUUAUUUCAAACGAAAAGUAAAAUUUGUUACGGAACAAAUGGAAAAAAUUCAGGCUAUGGGCAUUGAAAAAAGUCGAAUUCGUGAUACUAUUUUAGAAGUAAUGGAAUUGAAACUUCAACAACAACAACCGAAAGCUGCUCCUACAAAAGCCUAAUGUUAUAAAUAAUUAAUUUAUUAAUAUUCUAAUUAAAAAAUUAACAUUUCGAUAUGAGAUAUUUAAUAGUUUUAAAAUUAAAAAAAUUAUUUUGUAUUCAUUUCGUUAUAUGAAUUACGCUAUAAUUGAUGUUCGAUUUAUUUCAAUUUGUUGAACUAUUAAUGCAUGUUCAUAUUUUUCUAUUUUUAAAAUAAG